UCCAUUCAAAUCUGACGACCCCCCAAUAGUCUAAUACCCAACCAUCCGGACCGGUUUAUCCCCUCGUGGUACUUGCUACUCCUUUCUUUCUCUUUCAUUCCCUUGUCUUUCUUUCGCUCCUUUGGUUAAGGUCAAACCAGAAAUUCCAUGGGUACGUGUAUGAGUAAGAAGAAAAUGUCUUCUUCUGCAGCUAAGUCAGUUUCUACUUCCACACCUCAACUUCAACCCCAAACUGUGACUGUCUUCAAUUCCAAAGUGGAAUCUGAGCGGCUAGUGAGCCAAAAGGAGAACAAGCAAAAAGAUGAACAAAGCCAAGUGAAAAAAGAAGUCUUUAUCAUCAAGCACAGGAAGAGCAAUGAUGGUGGUGCUAGUGAUAGAGAGAAAAUUUCCAAACACGCGUGCUCUGAUGGGGUUUCUUCAAUUCCUAUGACCAAUUAUGUAGCAGCAGAAGCAAAAGUAGAUGAGAUUCUCUUAGAGUGUGGAAGACUGAGCCGAAACUCUUCCGGGAAAGUUGUUUCUUCUGGUGAACGUGGUAGAGGAAGGAAACACUCUGGUUCAAAGAGAAGCCAAGAUUUUGACCACUGUGAGAAUGAUACUACCACCAUUGCCAUUGGCAAUAAUGAUUUAUUUUGUGAGGACGAUGGUGGGUUGGCCGGAGAGAACCAACCCCGUCUCCGGCAGCACCGGAACCGUCGGAGAUCCCCCGUGCCCUCGUCGGAGAGAAGGAGAAGAACCCCGAGCAGAGAAAGAGACCAGCAACAACGAUCAAGCAGCAGAGAGAGAAGAUGUAGCAGAUCUCCAAGCAAAAGAUCGUCAGACACUACAACCUGCAACCUCACAAACAACACAACAACUAGGCCUGGAAAAAUGUUCUCUGUUCCUGCUACUGUUUCAUCCUUGUCUAUGGAUAAGAGUUACAAUGGUGAUGGAGCCACGGUGAGGGUCAUAGCGAAGAGAAAUGUUGGUUCUGCUUCACCUCGUUCUCAGUCUCCUUCAAGAGCAAAUGGUAAUAAAGUAACAUUGCUCAGUGAGAAUCAGCAGCAGCAACCAUCAAUGAGUCGUAAUUCUUCAAGGAAAGCAGAGCAAUCUCCUCACAGAAGAAACCCACUCAGUGAGAUUGAUGUUAAUUCUCUUGCUUAUACACAAUCUGUCAACAACAAUAGCAGCAGGUUCCAAAGUAGACCCAAAAGGGAAAUUGAAUCACACGCUAAUCAGAGAAUAAAAGCUGAUACGAACAGCAACACUGAAAGCAGAAGAAGCAGCAUGAAGACGAAGGAGCAACAAGAGGAAGAAGAGGUCAAAGGACAGUCUUCAAUGACUGAGAAUGUUAAUCUGAAGACAACAAUAAUACCACCUUCAGGGCUCGAUAACUUUAAGCCCCAGGCAUCAACGUUAACAAGAAGCAGAUCGUCUAGGAGAUCACGAGACCUAGACUACCUCCUCCUCAAUCCUGAAACCGUAGCGAUUCCGGCACAAUCUUACACCUCGCUACUACUUGAAGACAUCCAAAACUUCCAUCAAAUGAACAAUAAUAAUAUUACACCUUCUGUUACUCUUCCCGCUUGUGUCGCCAAAGUUUGCUCCAUUCUUGAAGCUGUGGCUGAUCUCAACUCCAGUACAAGAUCGAAUCUCUCUGCCAAUCACUAUGCGAAGAGGGUGCCAGAUUCUAGUAUCAAGGAACACCCUUUUGUAGAAUCCGAGGUAAAUGUCAUUGAUGAUGUCAUGGAGCCUAGUUUACACAAGUACGUGACAGUAAGCAGAGAUGGUUCACUCCUUGGUGGGGUAAUUGAUAUGGAGGGCCAAGAAUCUUCUGCAUGCAACAACUUCACUGUAAGUGGACAAAGGCAUGUGGGGUUUUCUUCUUCUUCUUCUUCUUCUUCUUCAGUGAAACCAAAUUCUGGGAAUCCAACUGAUUCUUGGAACCCAAGCAAAAGAAGAGAAUUCGACUUUCAGAGGAUAAGAAGUGGGAGGUUUAGUGACAUUAAAGAUGUUCACGCGAUACCCAUUGUUGUAACAACAGCUGAAUCCACGUAAAAUAUCUGUGAUACAUGGAUUCUCACCAACAUCAUUCUUCGUACCUGAGUACUUAAGUCUGCCUGACGUUUCCUCUAUUCAAAGUUGCUUAAUUGCAACUAUUUUCAUCAAAUUCUGGCCAUCCUCAUCAUUUGUUGUCCAAUAGUCAUUAACUUCAAUUUUUAGUCCUUAUUUAGGUAGAGCAAUGGCCUUCUCAGGGAUUUCAAUGUACCAAAAUGCCUCUUAGAUGAUCCAACAGAUGAUUGACCUGAAAGAAAAACAAAAAUCCUCAUGGUGUUUCCAUUGCCUGCUGCUAGAUGCAUGGUUGAUGAUGUCAACAUAUUGGGCUAUAUUAUAUGUUUGAAUUUGGGCCGAGGCCCUCAGAGUAUGUGGAAGACUUUUAACCAGUAAUUGGGAAUCUGUAAAAGACUUGGUCUGGCCAUACUUGUAGAAGACUUUUACCUUGCAUGUAACCUUUCAUAUAGAGUUGACACUAUAAUACUCGCUUCAAUACUAUAAUAUGAUACUAUUAAUAUCCAA